UUAGUAGUCUACUCUGAAAGAACUAAACAUUAGGCGGAUGUUGUUUAUAUUUAUUAUUAUUAAGAUCUGGAUUAUUAGCUUGUGAAACUUUGUUGCUUUAUAAAACAAUAUGGAAGAUAUUUUUCAUUGGUGUCGCGAAGGCAAUUCGAUCCAAGUGCGUUUAUGGCUGGAUGAAACAGAACAUGAUAUGAAUUUAGGAGAUGAUCAUGGAUUUAGUCCUCUUCAUUGGUGUGCCAAGGAAGGACACUCUAAACUUGUUGAGACAUUGCUACAGAGAGGAGCUCGUGUAAAUGCCACCAAUAUGGGAGAUGAUAUCCCUUUACAUUUGGCGGCUGCUCAUGGUCAUCGAGAUGUUGUACAAAUGCUACUGAAAGAACGUUCCGAUGUCAAUGCAGUUAAUGAACAUGGCAAUACACCUUUGCAUUAUAGUUGUUUUUGGGGUUACGAUAUGAUUUGCGAAGAUUUAGUAAAUGCUGGGGCUUUAGUAACGAUUGCUAAUAAAGACGAUGAUACGCCGUUGGAUAAGGCCAAGCCUAGUUUAGCUAAACGUUUGGAAGAUUUAGCUGAACGUAAUGGUCAAGAGAUGAAAAAAAUAAGUUUUAAAGAACAAAGCUGGUUGGGUUUUAAGACACGAUCACGUGAUGCCACUCUAUCACGGUUUAAAGGCAUUAGUAUGGGUGACCUUGAUUUACAUACGAAAAUAGGGGUUACGCCUUCUGGGGAAACUUGGCGCGGUAGAUGGCAGAAAAAUGACGUUAUAGCCAAAAUACUGACAGUACGUCAGUGCUCGUCGCGAGUAUCCAGGGAUUUUAAUGAAGAAUUUCCAAAAUUGAGAAUAUUUUCACAUCCAAAUAUUUUGCCUAUAAUCGGAGCUUGUAAUUCACCGCCAAAUUUAAUAACCAUUAGCCAGUAUAUGCCAAGGGGUUCGUUGUUUAAUCUCCUGCAUGCCGCUACUGGUGUAGUGGUAGAUACUUCGCAAGCGGUUCGUUUUGCUUUAGAUAUAGCCAGAGGUAUGGCUUAUUUGCAUUCUUUGGAACGAAUUAUACCCUCAUAUCAUUUAAAUAGUCAUCAUGUUAUGAUUGAUGAGGAUCUAACAGCUCGCAUUAAUAUGGGUGAUGCAAAAUUUUCUUUCCAAGAGAAAGGUCGAAUUUAUCAGCCAGCCUGGAUGUCUCCGGAAGCACUUCAACGGAAACCAUCUGAAAGAAAUUGGGAAGCUUGUGAUAUGUGGAGUUUUGCCAUAUUAUUGUGGGAAUUGACUACACGAGAAAUACCCUUUGCCGAAUGGUCCCCUAUGGAAUGUGGCAUGAAAGUAGCCUUGGAAGGUUUACGUGUUAAAAUACCACCCGGCACUUCACCACAUAUGGUCAAACUAAUUAACAUCUGCAUGAAUGAGGAUCCCGGCAAAAGGCCCAAAUUUGAUAUGGUUGUACCGAUAUUAGAGAAAAUGAAACGUUAGAAAUAGAUUUGCUUGUUCUGCCUGCCGAGAUUCUAUCAAUUCUCUUGAAAUUAUGUGCCUUCAUCUUUCAAUAAUAUCGGAUUUUUUAUUGACUCUAUAACAUUCUAUUUUUUUACAAUAUGCACAAUCGUUUUUCUCUUAUUUUUAUUAACAUUUUUCCAAGUGAAAUGUUUUUGAAUACUAAAGCAUAUUUUAACUCUUAUUAAGUAUUUAUGAGCGUGUAUGUAGAUGUAUUAAAUGUUGUUUUUAAUAAACGCUAAUCGAAUUAAAUUGUAGUUAUGAAAUAAUUUAAACUUAUUUGGAAAACAUAUAUAAUAGGUAUGUACAAUACACAUAAGAAUUAUAUUGAUUCUAUUUUCUUCCUCUCCGAAUGUUUUGCGGUGAAGUCAAAUGGAGCGAAAAUGCUGUCGCUACGGGUGAUCUAAUUUUUAUUUUUAGAUGAUGGCUUACCACCGCCAGAGUCGACGUGAUGUUGAAAGUCUUUUUUGUUUUUAACUUUGCCGUUAUUGCAUUUGCGGAUAUAAGGGAAUCGAGAUCAACGCUUAAAUAAAUCCUUUUCAUAUUCUUUUAUUAUUAUGAAUUGAAUGAGGGUAAAAAUCAUCUGAAUGCUACGAAUAAACC